CAUGUGAUUUUUAUGACUUCUCUCCAGAACCGUGUUUGCUCUGCUCCCGGCCACCAUUGCUUCCUCCUGAGCAAUGACAGAGGUGAAGAGAGAGGUGUUCGGGCACGUGCCCCAGGAGGAAGGAGGAGGAGUGGUGGAAAAGUUCAUCUUAAAGUCAGACAGCGUGAAAGUGGAGAUCCUGUCCUUAGGGUGCAUAAUUGCCGCUCUGGAGGUGAAAGGAAGGGAUGAGGAGUUUUCGGAUGUUGUCCUGGGAUUUGACACUUUGGAAGGUUACAUGGGGAAGCACCCCUUCUUUGGUGCCAUCGUGGGGCGUGUUGCCAACAGGAUUGCAAAGGGGAGAUUCACUGUGGAUGGGAAGGAAUAUCAGCUGUUCCUCAACAAUGGGCCCAACAGCCUGCAUGGAGGAGCCAGGGGAUUUGACAAGGUUCUCUGGAGCCCCCAGGUCCUGCCAAAUGGUGUCUGCUUCUUCCGGCUCAGCCCUGAUGGUGAGGAAGGCUACCCUGGUGACCUGAAAGUCUGGGUGACCUACACACUCAGUGGCGGGGAGCUGGCCAUCAACUAUCAAGCCCAGACCAGCAAGACGACACCCAUCAGCCUGACAAACCAUGCAUACUUCAAUCUAGCAGGGCAGGGUUUGCGGGAUAUCUACGACCACGAGUUUUCUAUUGAAGCAGAUUCCUACCUGCCUGUGGACAACACCAAAAUCCCUACUGGGGAAGUGGCCUCUGUGGAGGGCACCAGCUUUGACCUCCGGCAGCCGGUGGAGCUGGGGAAGCACUUGCAGAAGUUUCGCCUGGAUGGCUUCGACCACAACUUCUGCCUGAGGCGGGUGGAGGCUCGACGCCUCGCAGCCAGGGCUCGCCACCCACCCACUGGCAGGACCCUGGAGGUUCACACCACCCAGCCUGGCAUCCAGUUUUACACCGGCAACAACCUGGACGGCUCCCUGAAGGGCAAAGGUGCUGUCCCGUACCCCAAGCACUCGGCUUUUUGCCUGGAAACCCAGAACUGGCCUGAUGCUGUCAACAAGCCCAACUUCCCCAGCGCCCUACUCCAGCCAGGCAAGGAAUACAACCACACCACGUGGCUCGUGUUCAGCGCCACUUAAGGAAGGGGGGAUCCUGACUCCUACCACCGAGAGGGACUUGCACUUCUUUGAGGGCUUCCUGAUGGUGAACGACUGAAAGGAGAAGAAUCCACAGUUAACAUUUCAGUAGUCAUUUGAGAUUCACAAAUACAGGAAAAAGCAAUGGGAGGAUAUCUGGAUGACUCCAGUACCCUUUAAGCACUGGUUUUUAAUAAAGUAAUCAAUCACUAUUGAUAAAGUAAGCGGGUUGAUGAUUUAAUGUUAGAGAGAAUACAUUUAUUUUAUUCUUUUUACUUUCAUAUUUUUGCAUUUAUCUACUGUUAUUUUUAUAAUACAAUUUAGAUGUAAACCUAUGUGUAGAAGUUGUGUAAGUAUGUAAAAAUAAAAUAAAAAAAGAAACAACUUGCAGGGCAAAAAGAUCACCAAGGCAAGGGAUACAUUGUGGCAGGUGUACAUCUAUUCUUACUAGGAUAUAUCCCCUCCCUGCAAAUCCUGAACACCGAAAUGGUAAAAAUGAACUAUUAAAGAAUUCAAACUAAGGAAAAAAAA